GGCCGGCAGCUCACUUAGUCCAGCUUGGUCGAUCGUCCGGACAGCAAGGUUCGAGUUCGAGAUCCCGCGCGAGCGUGUCGUGAUCAUCCGUGUGUGAUGUGCUAAAGGCAAACCACAACAAGAAGAACAAGAUGCCUUCCGCCAACAAGGACAAGAUGUUCGGUCCGUGGAGUCGGAGCGACAGCAGUGGAAGUAUGUACCUGUCGAACAACAACAACGCGGAUAAUCUGGUUAAGCUGUACGCGCGAACGGCGCCGACGAGCCCACGCUGGACACCGGUCGCUUCGCGGCACAACUCGCCUCCGAUGCCGAGUUCGCCGUUGUCCUCUUCACCGCCGUCAACGCUGCGUCGAAACUACUCCAGCACGUUCAUGUUGAUUCCGGAAGAUCGUGCCGUCGAUCAGGUGUCCGUUGAACCCGCUGUUUCCGUACAGCCGUCGAGAAGUUCAGCAACCAAGUAUCGCAUCUCCAACUGUCGGAUUAUUCUUCGUUUGAUUUUGUGGUGGCCGCUGCUGCUGAUCGCGAUCGCCCAGCGGUGCCUGGCCUUCCUGAUGCAUCUGUCGUGGCGUCCGUUCCUGAUCGCAGCUCCAGCAUUUUGGCUUUCGGCUUGUUUGUGGAUGUUUUGGAAGAUUGUGGCAUUGCCGUUGGCUUGUUUGAAGUGGGUCCUUGUUGCGCUGCAUACUCCGGCCCAUGAACGGAACCGCAAGAAGAGGACGGUCCUGAUCAGCUGUGGAAGUACUAUUCAGGCGCUUCAUCUGGCGAGAAAUUUUUACAAGUCCGGAGCUCGUGUUGUGGUGUUUGAGUUUGAAGGACUAUUCGGUUUGGCUAGAUUCUCGACGGCCGUUAGCAAGUUCUACACGAUCCAGCGCCCAACUCCGGAAACGGCCAACGAGUACAUUGCCGCGCUAUGCGAGAUCGUAGAGAAGGAACAACCGACGCAUUAUAUCCCGGUUUGUGCGACCAGUGCCGCCUAUUACGACUCCUUGGCCAAGCCACAUCUAGAGCUACGCGGCUGCUCCAGCUUCAUCCCCGGAACACAAGAGACUUCCGUUCUUGACGACAUUCUGAUGGUGAUGAAAAAGUGUGAACUGAACCAGAUUGCACUUCCCCCACAUCAAGUUAUAGCGUCAAAGGAAGAGCUUCAUCGGCUGUACGACAACGGUUGGCUGUCCGGAUACCGCAACGUAAUGCUCUCAUCCGGACUGCUGGGCAUCUUGGAGCGAGCUAAAUACGUUCUACCAUCGAACCGUCGCGACCUGAAACUCAACUACGAGAUCAGCGAGUCCCACAAAUGGGUCGUCAUUCGGGACGUUAUUGGAACACAUUUCGUAACUUGCACCACCGUCAAGGACUCCCAAGUUGUGGCCAAUGUGACGUGUGUCAUCCAGAACGACACCCGCAGUCUGAUCCCGGAGGAAAACGCCGAGAUCGAGGUCUGGCUGAAGGAGUUCUUCCGCAAGAUUCGCCUCCAACGUCCACUCAACGGUCACAUCAGCUUCCGGUUGGCACGGUGCAAAUCUUCCGGCGAGAUUCUUCCCCUCGGAAUCCGCGUCGGGGUGUCCCUGCCCUACAUCUGCUACACCGGCGUCCACUCGCGGGUCAUCUGCAAGCCGUGUCCCCACUUUAACCGUCAAAACUCGGGCCCGCUGGUGCAGGACGGUGGCCGCUACUGGAUGCACGAAACCGUCAUGAACACCAUCCGGCGACCCAGCGUCGAAGCGGUCCAGCAGCUGAUCGGAACGGUCAUCGACAAGCGGGAGGCACUGUUCGUGUACUGGGACCCACUUCCCUACUGUGCCUACUACCACUUCCAAUUGCCGUUCAAUUCCGUUAAAAGUUUCCUCCACAAACGCCAACGGAGAACCGCACGGACCAUGCCACGUGCAGCGGCACCGGUUCACUGAUAAGGACGAAUCGUUGAGUUGUUUUAGGUUUCCACAUUUUCUACAUGUAAUCUUAUAUGGAGAGAGAAGUCAUAGACUUGUCGAAUGCUGUGAGUGAAUGCGAGUGUGUGUGUGACUUAGGAUUAGGAUCCGGAUUCCGUUAAGUGAAUAAUGUUAUAAGAAGAAAAAUAUAUUUGCACUACUUAUCAACUAGGGGAGCUCCUGUAGAAAUGAUAGUACCUUGUUGCUGGGCAACAAAGCAACUCUAAAGAAAAACAUGUGUAAAUACAGUAAAACAACAUUUGUUAACAAUUUACAACGGUGACAAAGUGUAUAAACCUUCGAUACAGCCAUUGUGUCCACCCGAUAAGUACAAAUUAAAUAAAUAAAACAAUAAAUCAAACCCAAAA